GAGGCAGCCAGGCCUGUGGGGAUUGGCUGGCCCAGAAGAGCCUCCCAUAGCCUCCUCCAGCUCAGGGUUGGCCCAGGGUCAAAGCAGCCCCAGGAGAGAGGGGAGAAGAGUUUGUAAGGAGACAAGCCACUUUGAGAGCAGGAUGUCUCUGCUCAACCUGUCGUGGCUGGGACUCUGGCCUGGGGCAACCUCCCCAUGGCUGCUCCUGCUGCUGGCUGUGGCCUGCUGGCUCCUGGCCCGCUUCCUGGCCUGGAUCUAUGCCUUCUACGACAACUGCUGCCGCCUGCGAUGUUUCCCACAGCCCCCAAAGCGAAACUGGUUUUGGGGUCACCUGGGCCUGGUCCAGAGCAAUGAGGAGGGCUUGCGACUGUUGGAGGACCUGGGCCACUUCUUCCGUGACAUCCACCUUUGGUGGGUUGGGCCCUUCUACCCCAUCCUGCGGCUCGUCCACCCUAAGUUUAUUGUACCCCUGCUCCAGGCCCCAGCCACCGUCGCUCCCAAGGACAUGUUUUUCUACAGCUUCCUGAAGCCCUGGCUGGGGGAUGGGCUCCUGCUGAGUGACGGUGACAAGUGGAGCCGCCACCGCCGCAUGCUGACACCUGCCUUCCACUUUGAAAUCCUGAAGCCCUACGUGAAGAUCUUCAAUGAGAGCGCGAACAUCAUGCAUGCCAAGUGGCAGCGCCUGGCCUCACAGGGCAGCAACCGCCUGGACAUGUUUGAGCACAUCUGCCUUAUGACCCUGGACAGUCUGCAGAAAUGCGUCUUCAGCUUUGACAGCCACUGCCAGGAACACCCCAGCGAGUAUAUUGCUGCCAUCUUAGAGCUCAGUGCCCUCGUGGUAAAACGGCACCUUCAGGUCUUCUUGCACAUUGACUUCCUGUACCACCUCACUCCCAAUGGGCGGCGCUUCCGCAGGGCCUGUGACCUGGUGCAUGAGUUCACAGAUGCUGUGAUCCGGAAGCGGCGCCAUACCCUCACCACUCAGGGUGUUGAUUACUUCCUCAAGGCCAGAAUCAAGGCAAAGACUUUGGACUUUAUUGAUGUGCUGCUGCUGGCCAAGGAUGAAGAUGGGAAGGAGUUGUCAGAUGAGGACAUCCGAGCUGAAGCUGACACCUUUAUGUUUGAGGGCCAUGAUACCACAGCCAGCGGCCUCUCCUGGGUCCUGUACAACCUUGCCAAGCACCCAGAAUACCAGGAGCGCUGCCGGCAGGAGGUGCAAGAGCUCCUGAGAGACCGCAGGCUAGAGGAAAUUGAAUGGGACGAUCUGGCCCAGAUGCCCUUCCUGACCAUGUGUAUCAAGGAGAGUCUUCGACUGCAUCCCCCAGUUACUGUCAUCUCCCGCUGUUGUACCCAGGAUGUGGUGCUCCCUGAUGGCCGGGUCAUCCCCAAAGGGAAUAUCUGUGUCAUCAGCAUCUUCGGGAUUCAUCACAACCCAUCAGUCUGGCCUGAGCCAGAGGUAUAUAACCCAUUUCGCUUCGACCCAGAAAAUCCCCAGAAGAGGUCACCGCUGGCUUUUAUUCCUUUUUCUGCGGGGCCCAGGAACUGCAUCGGGCAGACUUUCGCCAUGACGGAGAUGAAGGUGGUUCUGGCGCUCACGCUGCUGCGCUUCCGUGUCCUGCCGGAUGACGCUGAGCCUCGGAGGAAGCCGGAGCUGAUCCUGCGUGCUGAAGAUGGUUUGUGGCUGCGGAUGGAGCAGCUGGGUGCGGCCUGCAGUGACACCCCCCACCCCCUUGCCCCGUAGACGCAACCCCAACUCACCUACCUUAGAGACUCCCAGGAAUAAAACUCUGCUGUCACCUCUGGUGGAGUCUCCCUCAGAGCCAGCAGGGACCGUGGGGACCCGGGGGUGGGAGUGGCUUGGUUGAGACGGGGUCAGUGUCUCUGAGCCCAGGAUCCUGACUGCAAUUGUCCUGACCACAGGAGCCCCUCGCUUCUGCAGGUUCUGUGAGAACCUGAUCAUGGAAUUAUCCUGUGGGCGUAGGGAGCCAUGGGAGGUGUUAAAGCAGGAAAGGAACCAGGGUUGAGGGUGGACUUAAGGGGCAAGAUUGAGGCCCCGAGUCAGGGAGGGGAAUCCAUAGAGGCAGGUUCCUUCCUUUAGGCUGUAGGUGUCCACCAACAUGAAGGUCCAGAACACAGGAGGAGAAGCUGCCAAGGUGUGGGCUCUACCCUUCUCCCUCUGUGUUCUGGAACUUUGUCUUGGAGGAUAAUUCCAGUCCCUGGAGAGGGACACCAUGCUUGGUAAGGUAGAGGGUCAGGUAAAAACAGAAAGACAGUCGACAAGAUGGAUUGACACAGUGGAUUGUGAGGGUGGUGCAGGACCAGAUGUUUCGUUCUGUUGUACAUAGGGUAGCUAUGAGUCGGAACCAACUCAAUGGCACCUAACAACAACAAUGUGCCUAAUAAUAUCUUGUUUAUUAGCAUAUAUAGAGUAAUAUCAAGUGCUGCGUUCCACACAACAAUAAAAAAGAAACUCAAAUGAUACAUAAAUUAAAACUUCUCAAGUUAGAUAAAUAUUAAUAUUUCCAGUAUUUUUGGGUGUUUGCUAUGUUAGUAUUAUAUUAAAUUAUUACUCAUGUUAGUAUUAUUUUAAGCAUAUGCUAGAUUGCAUCCACUUGUAUACCAAACAUAUUUUAAAGUUAAAGUUAUAAAUAUUAUUGUUUACAAAACUUAGGACAUAACUCUGUACGUAAAUACUAUAUAGUUAAAAAGUAACUGAAUUCAUUGAAAUGGUUGACUUAUUUGAGUUUCUACACUUUUGUGACUCGUCUGGGCCUGGAGUUCCCAUUGGUUGUUCACCAGGACAUGCACAAGAGCAUACCCUUAUGUUUGUAUCAUGGCGAAUAGCAUUGCUGGCCCUCCUGGCUGGAGUUGCUGGAUCAGCAGAAGUGAACGUACAAAACAGUUCCCUCAAAAUAGAUCAGAGACCUCUUACCUGUUAAUAAAAUCCAGCGUUGCUCAGUAAUGGCUCCUGUCUGUCCAGUUGUAUAUUGGGUGAAUGUCGCAAGAUUCAUCUGACAUCCCAAGUCCUCUUCUGAAUCUGGCUUGAAUUUCUGGCAAUUCCUGUCAAUGUACCACUGCAACCAUUUAUUAGUUAUCUUCAGCAAAAUUUUACUUGUGAGUGAUAUUAAUGAUAUUGUUUGAUAAUUUCUGCACUCUGUUGGAUCAUCUUUUUUUGGAAUGGGCACAAAUAUGAAUCUCUUUCAGUAGGUUGAGCAGGUAGCUGUCUUUCAAAUUUCUUGGCAUAGACGAGUGAGCAUUUCCAGUGACGCAUUCAUUUGUUGAAAUAUCUCAUUUGGUAUUCCAUCAAUUCCUGGAGCCUUGUUUUUCGCCAGUGCCUUCUGUGCAGCUUGGACUUCCUUCAGUAACAUUGGUUCUUGAUCGUAUGCUACCACCUGAAAUGGCUGAACUUCAACCAAUUCUUUUUUGUAUAGUGACUGUGUAUUCCUUCCAUCUUCUUUUGAUGCUUUCUGCGUCGUUCAACAUUUUGCCCUUAGAAUCCUUCAAUAUUGCAACUUGAGGCUUGAUUUUUUUCUUCAGUUCUUUCAGCUUGAGAAAUGCUAAGCGUGUUCUUCCCUUUUGGUAUUCUAACUCCAGGUCUUUGCACAUUUCAUUAUAAUACUUUACUUUGUCUUCUAAAGCCAUCUUUGAAAUCUUCUGUUUAACCUCUUUACGUCAUCAUUUCUUCCAUUUGCUUUAGCUACUCUAAUUUUAAGAGCAGGUUUCAGGGUCUCUUCUGACAUUCAUUGUGGUCUUGUCUUUCCUGCCUUUUUAAUGACCAUUUGCUUUCUUUUGUACGAUGUCCUUGAUGUCAUCCCACAACUAGUCUGAUCUUGGGUCGUCAGUGUUCAAAGCAUUAAAUCUGUUCUUGAGAUGGUCUCCAAAUUCAGGUGCAAUACACUCAAGGUUGUAUUUUGGUUCUUGUGGACUUGUUUUAAUUUUCUUCAACUUCAGUUUGCAUAUGUGCAAUGAUGAUCUAUUCUGCAGUUGGCCCCUGGCCUUGUUCUGACUGAUGAUAUUGAGCUUGUGCACGUCUCUUUCCAUAGAUGUAGUUGAUUUGAUUCCUGUGUUUUCAAUCUGGUGGGGUCCAUAUGUAUAGUCGCCGUUUAUGUUGUUGAACAGACACAUUUGCAAUGAAUACGACCAUAAUUUUUGUCUCUCAAAAUUCUAUCAUGUGAUGUCCAGCAUCAUUUCUAUCACCAAGGCCAUAUUUUCUAACUACAGAUCCUUUUCUUUGUUUCCAACUUUGGCAUUCCAAUUGCCAGUAAUUAUCAAUUCAUCUUUAUUGCAUGAUUGAUCAAUUUUAGACUGCAGAAGUCAGUAAAAAUCUUCAAUUUCUUCAUCUUUGGCCUUAGUGGUUGGUGUGAAAAUUUGAAUAGUAGUUGUAUUACCUGGUCUUUCUUGUAGACAUAUGGGUGUUAUCCUAUCACUGACAGCAUUGUACUUUAGGAUAGAUCUUGAAAUAUUCUUUUUGACAAUGAAUGUGAUGCCAUUUCUCUUCAAUUUGUCAUUUCCGGGAUAGCAGACCACAUGACUGUCUCAUUCAAAAUGGCCAAUACCAGUCCAUUUCAGCUCACUAAUGCCUAGGAU